GACCGGUCCAAGACUAGCGCAAGUCGCAACCCAAACUUUAUUUCCGGAUUUAACGUGAAUUCUUGAUCUCCAGCCGGCCUAUCGCGAGUGGAUUACUUCUGGCACAAGAAACAUCAUUUCACAGGAAAUCGUGAGGUUUAGUCUGGCGAGCCUGUCUUCAUAGGGUAGUUCAUAAAGUACAGUCCACCAGGUUUGAUACUCCACUCUCAGGAUGAGUCGCUUCAAGGUUUCUAAGUUCAAGAAUGCAUUCUGUGUUAAUCCAAAGAGAGAGACUUGGAUAAGUGAUGUUCGUGUUGGAUCCCCUUCAUCAUGUGGGAAUCACAUCAAAGCAAGCGGGGCAUACAUGGCAUACAAUGCUGACUCACCAAGUGGAGGCGUUUUAGGACUCUUGGAUGUGAAUACUGUUGGUCGUCAAUCACAGAACUUGUACCUGCACCAUGCCCAUUCGUCCCUCGUCACAGAUCUAGAUUUCUCUCCUUUCAAUGAUUAUCUCCUAGCAACAUGCUCACAAGACAAAACGAUCAAAAUAUGGGAUCUUCCAGAGGGAGGGUUUGCAGAUGGUGUAUCAGGUCCUGUGUGUUCAUUCCAAGGUGGAGAGCGCAGAGUAGAGAAUGUGUUGUUCCACCCUACAGCCAGUGAUCUAUUGACUGCUUCAGUGUUUACAACAGUAAAGAUGUACGAUUUAACUUGUGAACAGGAAGCAUUAGCUGUUGAGGUAUCAGAGGACCAACUUCAAGGUAUCAGUUGGAAGCUUGAUGGGACCCUCCUAGCAACUACCUCCAAAGAUAAGAAGAUUAGAAUAGUGGAUCCAAGAGCCAACAGUGUUUCAUUAGAAACGAAUGGACAUGACAACAUUCGUGAUUCCCGUGUAUGCUGGCUUGGGGAUAGAGAUUACAUUCUAUCUACUGGCUUUAACAAUUGUAGAGGAAGGGAAGUAAAGAUUUAUGAUACCCGUAACUUUGGAUUGUCCUGUGCCUCUAUGGAUAUGGGAACAGCAACAGGAACCCUGAUGCCAAUGUAUGACCCAGAUACGCAACUCGUCUUUCUGGCUGGCAAGGGCGAUCAGAGGGUAGGAAUUUUUGAAUAUCUUGAAGGACAAUCAAGAAUCUCUGAAUGUUCUGUAUACAGCAGUGAUCAGCAGCAGAAGGGAAUAUGUCUGGUUCCUAAGAAAAUCUUAGAUGUGAUGUCUUGUGAGGUUGGACGGCUUCUCCAGCUCACCAAGCAAGGCAUCAUUCCUAUCAAAGUUGAAGUACCUCGAACGAGUCAUAGGAACUUUUACCCAGAACUUUUCCCAGAGACAGCAGGAGAUGAGCCAGCUCUGUCAUCCACUCAAUGGCUUCAAGGAAAGAAUGAACAAGUUGCCAAAAUUAGCCUUGAUCCAGCCAAGAGGAAGGACAAGAAACCAAGUAAACCAGCCAAUCAGCAAUCAGCUGUGCCUCCUUCAUCCAAUCAGAUACAAGCAGGGGGAGAUGCUCCAUCAACACAGAAACAGAAUGCCAAAGCAAGUUUGUCACAGUCACCAGCUACACAAUCACUACAAGCCUUUACCAGUUCACCAUCCACAGCAACAGCAUCAUCAGUUUCAGCAGUGUCCUCUACAGCGAAUGCCUCCAGUGCACCUUCAGACUCAGCAACCAACAACACAUCACCUAAGAAGAAAUUCACCAUGGCACAGACAUCAAAGUUCAGACAUUUACAGGGAACACUUGGUCAGAGAAGCCAACAUAUAUACAACAUCAGGAAUGCAAGCAUCAACGUUUUUGGAGAAUGUGAUGGUUUCCAUGCCAACAAGAGAUGGGCUGCUCUUCCAUUAGCUGGUAGUGGAGGCCUCAUCACUAUCAUUGAUAUCAACAAACCAGGCAAGCUUCCAGAGACAGGAGUACCUACCAUUCAAAACAGUUCCACUAUGACCGACUUUACCUGGGAUCCAUUCAAUGACUGUAGACUGGCUGUCGCUUGUGAUGAUGCUAAGAUCCGGCUCUGGAGCUUCCCUGAGGAAGGGUUUGAAGGAACCCUAACUGAACCUGAUUUCUAUCUUAGAGGUCAUCAAGAAAAAAUCUACUUUAUAAAGUUCCAUCCGUUGGCAAGCGAUGUACUUCUAUCGGCAUCCUAUGACAUGUUGCUAAAGAUCUGGAACCUGACGACAGGAGAGGAUGUGAUCUCCUUGGAGGGACAUACUGAUCAGAUAUUCAGUGCAGCAUGGAGCCCUGAUGGAAAGAGAAUAGCCACAGUCUGCAAGGAUGGAUUCAUUAGGGUAUAUGAACCAAGGUCAUCAAAGACACCUGUUGCUCAAGGACCAGGUCCAGAAGGAUCACGUGGUGCUAGAAUAUUCUGGGUCCACAAUGGAGAACUUCUUGCUGUGUCUGGCUUUGAGAAGAGUUCUGAGAGAUCACUAUCACUACAUGAUCCAAAGGAUCUCUCUAAAGCAUUAGAAACAUUAACCAUAGAUAAGAGUCCAGCCACGCUGAUACCUUAUUAUGACCCGGAUACACAUGUUGUUUGGAUGACAGCCAAGGGAGAACGUUUAGUUUCAUGUGUAGAGAUUUUGAAGGAGGAACCAUACUUCUUUACACUAUCUAACUAUUCAUCACCUGAAGGACAUCAAGCCUUCUCUUUCCUUCCCAAGACGUGUUGUGUUGUCAAAGAUGUUGAAUUCAUGAGAGCUCUCAAGCUCUCCAAGACCACCAUAGAACCAGUUCACUUUACAUUACCCAGAGUGAAGAAAGAAUAUUUCCAAGAUGAUGUCUUUCCUGAUACGAAGGUGACAUGGGAACCGGUUCUUACUGGUUCUGACUGGUUCAGUGGCAAGAAUGGACAAUCUAGAACUAUCAGCCUUUGUCCAGAUGGAAUGAAAUACUUGAGCUCAAUACCCAAGGCUGGACCAGCACCUAAGAAAUACUCCAGCGAAAAGGAGCUUACUUAUAAAACUGAUGCACAGAAGAGAGAGGAGAUCAUGGCUGCAAUGAAUGACAAGCUAUCUCUGAAGUCUGAGCCUCUACCUCAGGAUGAGUUUGAAGGUGUUGAUGAUGAUGAAUGGGAUGACUAAACUUACUUGAUACACCAACAGAAUCGAUUGAGCAGAUUAAGACAUCAUGUGGCAGCAUGUAGAUCAGUAGAUUAUAUCCUUGACCUGUACUUGUGAUGUUACUGAAAUGGGAUACCUUAUGAGUGAGUCUGCAAGAAAUGUUGAUGCUUGCCCAACCUGGUACGGUUUUCACAUUUUGCCUCCCAAAAAGUUUAUUACCUCUGAAAUGGAGAUUUGAUUGAGAUGGUGUAGCUAUAUUGUGUAUUUCAUUCGUUCAGACAGCUCUCUGUCUUUGUUCAUAUCCACAUGGUCUAAAACUAGUUGGUCUAUUUUUCACUUGACUUAGCCAGUUAGUCCACUAUGAAUUUCAUGAAUUCCUGUUUGGUCUAAUCACUUUAUCUAAUACCCAAUCAGGAUUAGGUUGUUUUUAUUCCAUUUGGGCUGCUGUGAUUUCCACAUUUCAUCAAAUGAACUAUUACUAUUUUGUCAGCCAGCUAGACUGAGCGGUAUUAGACCACAUGAGAACUGAUCAUAUUGGGAAUAGACCAAGUGAUUAUUCACCACUCUCUCUCACUGUUAAACUAAUUGAUAUUUUGUAUGCGCCAUUUGAUAGUGAGUCACAUUGUUUUAUAGUUAAAGACAUAUUGUACAUCAGUGUGAAUAGUGUGAUGAUCGUGUCUUAUCUGUUGAUCACAUUACGAAAAUUUCCCGUUUGAUUGUCGACCUCACUUCGGACUGCAAACUGCGGUCGGAUACCCCGUUUUUCGUUUGGAAACUCUCAAACAACAUUUCCAACCCCGAUAAACCCAUCUUGGCCAGGUAAUCCCCUUGUCUCAAUUUCACCACCACAGGCCAGCCAAACGAGCGUUGAGCCAAGGACGAAAUGAUAAACAUUAGCUGUGCUAUUACGUAAGACUUGUCUGCCUGUAGAAGGAUCUUCGGAAUGAAAUUAUUGUAUUCGAUAUUAAUCACGUUUUCAAAGGCAUAUUACAUUCAGACAUCCAAUACUAGUCCAUUUUCAAUUUCGAACGAAGAAAAUCGACCUCGAAAUAAGGAAAGUAAGCGAAUAAAAAUGACGGCAUGUUUUGCAGAAACCGAGCUCAGCGCUGCGCAUGCAUCCCGUUGUGUGUGGCCCCCUACUGUGACUGUAUAUGCCGGGCUCUUGCGUUAUCUUCGGACCGACGUCAAGAAACAGGUGUUUUGAAACUUAAAUUGCUUGCUUGGGGCAUGUUAGGGUUUGUCGUAUUUGGAGAAGAGAAUUGAUGAGAAGGGAAACCAGGGUAUUGUGAUCUCAAAUGGAAGUUUUUCGUCAUGCAUGCACAGGCAAAAAUGUAAUUACUCCUAAAAGAAUUGAAUGUUGCCCUGUGUGCUAUUAUACUGACACUGUGAGUACUUGUCAAUGUGUCGGAAAAUAAACUUUCUUCAUUAGUGCCUUUAUAUUGAAGGCCGCAAUUUCUCUUCUAAACUUUUAAAUGUGCUGGUCACAUCUCUAAACCUUUACAUUUUAAAUUUACAAAUUGACUCUUUUGUAGUAACUCUUUACAUUCUUUUGUUGUUGUUGACUUUCAAGUGUGAGAAUUGAGUCAUGGGCAUCAUUUGUUCCAUUAAGCUAUCGCUUUAUUUUCAGAAAAAGAAUUAGAGAGUCACUAACAGCUGCUAUGUUUUCAAAGAGUCUGAAUAUUGAUAUGCAUUUUACUUAACAUCAUUUCUUAACUGCCUUUAUUUCUUGGUAAUUUAGACUAUCAAAAAUAUAUUUUCUUAUGGUACAAUAUUUUUUCAGCUUCUUCUCAGAAAAUAAGUAGAAGCUUUACCGUAAAACCAUUUUGCUUAUUUUGCAUGCUUUGUCUGUUUUUCAUAUUGGCAUGUGAAUAAUAUUGAUAUUCUAAUCAAACUUUCACUUUCACAUCUUGAUUUUUAGAGCCUUCAAACUUUCUAUGCAUUUUAUUUUUUAAGUACAUCGUUUUAAGAUGAUACACUAUUCUUGAUCAUUCUGAAAUGAUUUUUCUAGUUAUAUCUUCUUACCAUGUAUUUUUUUAUGAAAUAGCUUUCAAGCUAAUGAUGACUGGUGUAUAUGAAAAUUCUGUAUCAUUUGUCACGGUAUUAUUUUUACCAUUACUGUUUAUUCAUUUGAUGUCAUUUGUCUGAUAUAUAUAGACAGAAUCUGUUUAAUACUAUGGUAUCUGUAAAAAGAUAUAAAAAGUGAAUUAUUGGUGAAGAGAGUAAACAUUUUUUAAAUUACUAGUUUUGAUGUUGAUAUGUUGUCUGAUAUACUCAAGUAAAUCAAAGAAAUAUUUUAUUUCCCAUGUCAGCAUUUUUUUUAAAUUCUUCUUGAAAUCUAACACUAAGUAAUAAGUAUGAAAUCAUUAAUUCGUAAUGUAAAUAUGUGUACCAUUGGUAUCGUCAACAUAAUAUUAUUGUGUAUCUCUGCAAUAUAUUAUUAUUAAUGGUAAUAUUUUUAUUAUUUAUAAUGUCAUUCAAAUUAAUAUAUAUUUCAAGAUGUGUGCAAAAUAUCCAGAUUUCAAAAUGACGUCUUAUUCCUGCUCUUUCCAUGAAUUACUGUCUGUAUAAGAUCAGGGGAGAGUUUCAUCUUAUCAGGGAUUUUUAGUAACAAAUUAGCUCUGAGCCAAUCAGAUACAAGGAUUGUUUAUAGCUUAUAACAAAGAGUCUGUAAAUAUCACUGACUACUUGUUUCAUGAAAUGCUCCCCGUUAAGGGCAUUGGUUUGUGUCAGCUCCAAGUCUUGUUUGAUUCU